AUGGAGCGAUUAUCCCUCAACGACAGCCCUGCUGGCGGACAGCAGCAGCAGCAGCAGCGAAACCAACAGUUCCAUCAACAGAAUUCCCUCGGUCCCUCGGCCCCAGGCCAAAUGGGCCAGCAGCAGCAGACUUCCGGCCCGCCGCAAUUGCCGCCGCAAAUGUUCACGACCGCGGCCCAGUUGCUCGACUUGACAGAUAAAAAACUUGUCCUCGUCCUUCGCGAUGGGAGGAAACUGAUCGGCGUGCUGCGAAGCUGGGAUCAAUUCGCGAAUCUCGUUCUUCAGGAAACCAUCGAACGGAUCUACGCAGGGAAUCUGUAUGCCGAUGUGCCGCGCGGCAUUUUCCUCGUUCGCGGCGAGAAUGUUCUUCUUCUAGGCGAAGUGGACCUCGACCGCGAGGAUGAUAUCCCCUCCUCUGUCACCAAGGCCUCGUUCGAGGAGGUCUUCGAACUCAAGAAGAAGGAAGACAGCCAGCGCAAAUCCGGCGAUAAGAAGCGCCACACCCAUCUAUCGGCGCUGGGCUUUGAGCCUGAACAUAGCGGGGAGAUUUUGUUUUAA